CUUUAUUUUAAGGAUACAUUUUAAAUUUGUACAUUUCAUUUAGCAACGGUGCGGAUUGUAUAGUGGUAUGCAUACAAGUAAGAAAACUAAUGCAAACAUAUCAUCACGUAUCAUCGGCUCAUUGCUUUGUUUACUGAUCACCUUGUUCGGUGCAGCUUUAACCGGUUUUAUAGGUCAUAUACUUAUUGCUUUUGAAUAUAUCAGUGAAAUAUUUGGAAGAUAUGUAUUAUUUGGUGGAAUUUAUGUUAUACUAACAUGUGGCUUGUUCACUGUAUUGAUUGGUCUGCUUGGGUUUUUCAGUUUCAUACAUCCAAAUCGAUGUACAUCUAUCACGACUUGUGUUGGUCUAGUUAUUCUCAUUAUUACUACUACUUGCAUAUCGGUGAUUGUUUAUAUGUAUCCUAAAACUAUGACAAAUUUGAUAUAUUACCGAAUGAUCAAAACAUUUCCAAAUUACGGCCAAAAUAUGCAAAUAACUAAUGCAUGGAUAUUAUGCAAAAUUAUAAUCAAACUGUUUGGUACAAAUUAA